AUGGCCAAAUCACGCUUCAUGCGGCUGGACGCCUUCACCAAGACGGUCGAGGAUGCGCGCGUGCGCACGAGCACUGGCGGCAUCGUCACAAUCACGAGCAUACUCAUGAUCAUGUGGCUGAUGUGGGGCGAGUGGGCGGAUUACCGGCGAGUCGUCGUCAAGCCGGAGCUGAUUGUGGAUAAGAGUCGAGGCGAGAAGAUGGAGAUUCAUAUGAACAUCUCUUUCCCCAGGGUACCCUGCGAACUGCUCACUCUCGACGUGAUGGAUGUGUCUGGCGAGAUCCAGACGGGUGUCAUGCACGGUGUUAACAAGGUCCGCUUGACGCCUGAGACCGAGGGAAGCCGCCCCAUUGAGGUGAAUGCGUUGGACCUGCACGCCGACGAAGCUUCGCACAUGGACCCUGAGUACUGCGGUGAUUGUUACGGUGCCCCUGCCCCUACCACGGCCAAGAAGCCCGGCUGCUGCAACACUUGCGAUGACGUCCGUGACGCCUACGCCGGUAUUUCCUGGUCCUUCACUCGCGGCGACGGCGUCGAGCAGUGUGAGCGUGAGCACUACGGCGAGAAGCUCGAUGCUCAAAGACGCGAGGGCUGCCGCAUUGAGGGUGGCAUUCGGGUGAACAAGGUCAUUGGCAACUUCCACUUCGCGCCCGGCAAGUCCUUCAGCAACGGCAACAUGCACGUGCACGACCUGGAGAACUACUUCAAGGACGAGGCCUCGCACUCCUUCUCGCACAGGAUCCACAACCUGCGCUUCGGCCCUCAACUGCCCGACGACGUCAUCGCUAAGCUCGAGGCGUCCGGCCUGAGCGCCAGCAGCCUGUGGACCAACCACCACGUCAACCCGCUCGACGACACUGCGCAGCACACGGACGAGAAGGCCUUCAACUACAUGUACUUCGUCAAGGUCGUCAGCACCGCCUACCUGCCCCUCGGCUGGGAGAACAAGGGAACCUCUGCGCUGAACGGCAUCAUGCCCGACGCCGACGGCAUCCCACUCGGCUCCUACGGCAUGGGAACCGACGCGGGCAGCAUCGAGACGCACCAGUACAGCGUCACCAGCCACAAGCGCAGCCUGGCGGGCGGCAACGACGAGAAGGAGGGCCACAAGGAGCGCCUGCACGCUCGUGGCGGCAUCCCCGGCGUUUUCUUCUCCUACGACAUCUCCCCCAUGAAGGUCAUCAACCGCGAAUCUCGUUCCAAGUCUUUCUCCGGCUUCCUCGUCGGCGUGUGCGCCGUCAUCGGUGGAACCCUCACCGUCGCUGCUGCCGUCGACCGUGCGCUCUACGAGGGCUCGGCGAAGCUGAAGAAGCUGCACCAGGGCUAG